AUGUUUCUUGCCAGGAGAGCUACCGCUCCGGCGAGGCGCGCCCUGGCUCAGCGCCAACCCCGCCGUUUCGACUCGCAUUCCGCACACCACGAACCCGUCAACGAACACCUCGGACGCGGAUUUUACAUCGCGGUCGCCUCUAUCCCCGUCGGUCUGGCACUCUACAAAUACUCCACGUCUGAUGCCAGCUCAAAGCCAUGGUUGACCCGUGUCAUCGAGACCUUCACUGCCAGUGAGGCUGUCCUGGAACGAAACAACGCUCUCCACACCCGGGCAAUUGAAGAAGCAGCCGCAGACCGCCAUCUGUUCCACAGUCAGAAUCCUCCACUGACUAUUGAUAUGUCUUUCCCCGAGUUGUUCAAUACUGGCUCUCCUAUAAACAUGUCCCCUGGCAGGUCGUCUGGGGACCUCUCCGCUGUUGUGGCUCACUACGAAAAGCGUCAAGCGGAUAUGGAAAAGGCGAGAGUAGGACGCAUGAAGGACGGAAAGGUCCAGUCCCUGUACGAAGAUGGAAGAUAUUUUUAG